CAGAAUGCUACCUGCAGAAUCAAUCCCUAGAGUUUGUGCUCAGCAAAACACAACUACUAGAAGAACGGAGACGAAUAGCCAGAAGACUGCUUUCUGAAGGGGGUCAUCUAGAAGAGAUAGCAAGUAGCCCAUCAGUCGAACAUGAGAACUCGGACCAGCUGGCAAACACCCCUGCCUCUGCCAUGGAUUUGGAAGGGGGAGACACUGACCCAGUAGUCGAUCAUGAGGCAACAACCAGGAACUCGGACCAGCUGGCAAACAACCCUGCCUCUGCCAUGGAUUUGGAAGGGGGAGACACUGACCCAGUAGUCGAUCAUGUAGCAACAGCCAGGGAGUCAAGAUAUCCAGCCAGAGCGAGUACAUCAAAGGUUUGUGGCAGACAUUACCUGUUGACUUAUCAAAGAGGGAUGUAUUUAGCUUUACCCUCCCAUCAAAACAUGCACCUUUUCGCAGAGAGUCCAUUAUUUAUUAUUAACCUAAGAGUCAGAGAAACUCAUUGUCUGUGCAACAUGCCGGAUGAUGGAAGAGAGUACUGGCAGUGUGAAGGAUGCUUUAAAUGGUUCCAUCCGGAAUGUGUUGGUGAGUCAGUGGAACCAGAAAAGUACAAGUGCGCAUCAUGUUCACACAAGUGAACCAUACUAUUCUGUCGUAAAACAGUUGCGGGGAGUUAAAGAUCCCAACCUAAAAGCUUAUCUUGCGAAGGAUAAAUAGUGAGUCAAAGCGGACACAGUUGAUGAGGAAAUAUGCAUCCAGCAUUGGAAGCAAAAAUUUUCUUUAAAAAAAUACAAUUAAUUUAAUGAGGUAGUUUACAUAAUGCCCUGUCUGUUGGUUUGUUUGUUUGUGCAAACCUUAACAUUUGCAAUAACUUUUGCAAUAUUAAAGGUAGCAACUUCAUAUAUAGCAUGCAUGUGUAUCUCAAGGAUCUACACACUUUGAGUUGUGUAAGGUCAAGGUAUUUUUUUUGUUGGUAAAAUUGAUGAAUUAAUAUGACAUCUCUUUGCAAAUUGUUUAAAAAUUAAUACAUAACUUGUUUCAGAAACAUUGUUUAAUAACAUUCGAUUGUCAUUUAUUCGAAUUUGAAAGUUGUCAAAAGUAAUUAUUUCUCCCUAUACGGUAGCUUUAGGUAUAUGUGAUAUGUCAUAAGAAAACUAGUCUUCAUUGCAUUACAAAUUAAUGAAGCAUUCUUUACAUUUGCUUUUAUGACAAAAAAACUAGUUUAGACUUGUAAAAUUGAUAAAAAUAAUUAUUUGAACAUAAAGUUUGACCAGAGUGAACAAUUUAAACACACAAGUUUAUAACGACGUGUAUCUUGUGCUUUGCAUUUGUUUAAAAGUUGCCUUAUAAUUGUGCGAAGCAUGUCUUCUCAAAUUAAAAAUGCAUCUUAUUCAAAGGUGAUCAGAACUAAAUGUGUUGUUUUUUUAUAAUUCAGGGAUAAAAAAAAAUCAGACUAAGAAACCAUAUACAAUAAUUCAUAGUCUGUUGUCUUCACAGAGAGAAACUUCAAUAAAAAAAAUAUGCUGUCAUUUUAUAAUACCUUCGUGUUUGCCUCACGGUUGCCUAUUGAUUUGUUUUAAAAUAGGAAGUUUAUAAUGAGGUAUAUAACACAAAGAAAUUUCAUAUUUGAAUCAUUUUUAUGCUCCUCUAAAAAAUUCUUGUCUGAGCUUUUUCUCAGCAACUUAUUACGGGAAUUCAAUGAAACUUUAUGGGAAGCUUCACUACCAAGAGGAGAUGUGCAUGUUAUCAGCCAGUUAUGGUCGGAUGAUUUUUCACAGAGUUAUGGCCCAUUGAAAUUUUCCAUUAACUGUACAUAUUGUGCAUUCUUGUUCGGGCUAUUUUAGCAACUAAUGUCUGCAAUUGAAUGAAACUUUAUGGGAAGCUUCACUACCAACAGGACAUGUGCAUAUUAUCAGCAAGUUAUGUUCGGAUGAUUUUUCACAGAGUUAUGGCCCUUUGAAAUUUUCAAUAUACUGUACAUAUAGUGCAAUUCUUGUCUGGGCUAUUUAUCCCCAACUAAUAACUUGAAUUCAAUGAAGUUUUAUGGGAAGCUUAACUGCCUUGAAGAGAUGUGCGUGUUAUUUGUGGGUUCUGGUUAGAUGAUUUAUUUAGAGACUCAUGGCCCUUUGAAAUUGUUAAGUUGCUAAACCAUCCAUCCUAUUAUUUUGUCCAAAGUUAUGCCCCUCAAGAUGUUUCCUUUUAUCUGAAUAUAUAGUGCAAUAUUGUGACCAAAAAAAACUUUGGGGAGCUUCACCCAUCUCUGACGGCUUGUUUUAAUUAAAUAUUAAUUGUAAAUCCCAUAUCACCUUUUAUCAUACUUUUUUGUAAUUUACAACUUGGUUUUCUGACAAUUGUUUUCCUUGUUUUGUUUCAAAUAGGCAUGAUAUGGUUACUAUUAAAUCAACUUCAUAUGUUCUUCCCUUGUGAUAAGUAUUUUUUAUAUCUAUUUCUUAAUAUUUUUCAGUAGUAAUAAUGUCUAAGAAUGUAUCUGGGUAGAAUGAAUAUCUGUUCUUUUAAAGGUUGUAACUGAUGCUCUAUUUCUUUUGGACAUGACAUGUUACUGUCUCGUUUGUACAGAGAUUCAAUUAAAUACUACAUUUUAUUAUGUGUGAUUCUAUUUUUGUGUUCCAAAUAGGCAGUCUGACAUAUUAGGUAUAUUGAAAACUCUUACAUAUAACAUUUGUAAGUAUCUGUUAUUAAUGAUAGUUAAAUGAAACAAUGGUUGUAUAGUUGUGUAUAUUACAAAGUAUAAUUAUUGUUAUAUUUCGAAAUAUGUUUAUGUUUAUAUUUUAAUUUUCAUACACUUUCAACUAUAAUUUGUAAUAGUGCCGUUGCUACUUAAAUUUUAUGUGGUUUGGAUGCUCACUGUUAUAUUCUAUGCUCCUUCAAAAUACAAUUAAGGUUUCACCUUAACAGUUAUAACGCGAGUGAAAAGCAUCCAUAUGUAGCAAUAUACACUGUAAACAUGUGAUUUAAAACAAGUUUUGUUCAAUUAUCUGUAAAGUUCAUUCAUAACUAUUUUAUAACAUGUCUGCUAAAUCCACUUACUGUAUUCAAGCAUUUUGCAUUAUUGUUUUUGUUUAACACUAGAAACUGUAAAGUUUAUGUGUAAUAAAAUUAUGUUCUGUUCUGUAAUGAUUGUAUGCUGAUGUAGUUGUUGCAUUAACAUUAAGUAGACAUAAAAAUUCGGUAUUCUAUAUACUACUAACAUUUUAUUGUGAUUCAAGUUGUAUUAAGUUUUGUUCUCUAAACAGAUAUUGAAUUAUUUUACUGAUACAACAACAUACGGUAUUAAAGCAGUUCCAUAUAUAGCUAGAUACACUGUUAUCAUGUUUGUCUAAAAUAUCUGUAAAGUCUAUCCAUAACCAAAUUAUGAUAUUUCUGUUAGAAAAAAAACGACAAACUAUAUGUAUUCAUGUAUUUUGUAUAAUCGCUUUGUUUAACACUAGAAACUGUAAAGUUUAUGUGUAAUAAAAUUAUGUUCUGUAUAUUACAUGAUAAUCUAUCAAUGUUGUUUUGUGAACACAACCUCUGGUUCUAUGGAAAAAAAAACACAAACCUUAAGCACUUAAUUUGUCGGUAUGUGUGCAUUUGUGUGUAUGGGUGUGCGAUAAAUUGCAAGUGUUUCCUGUUCGCGUGUUUGUGUUUUGUGUGAAUUAUGUUAAGCAAAUUAAUUUAACAAAAAAGUUUAUUUGACUUUAUUAGAUGAUAGUAUUGAGUGUCCUACCAAGAAAAAUUGGUGCACGCUAUUAAGGGAUCUACUAAGUAAUUUGGGAUUUUAUGAUGCUUGGUUUUUUCAAGAUGUUGGAAAUAAAAUAUGUUUGUAUCAGUCGUAAGACAAAGAUAGAGCGACAUGUUUGUACAGAAUUGGAAUGAGCGACUUCAUACUUCUACUAGGGCAAAUUUUUAUAAACAUAUCUCGUUUUUCAAUUUCAACCGUACCUGAAUACAUGUAUAUGCAAUGUCAACAAGUUUCGAGUAAAUUUAUCAAAAUUACGUAUGUCAUCACAUAGAUUAAAUAUCGAGUCAGGCAGAUGGGCUAGACCUACACCAAUUCCAUUAGAUCAAAGAAAGUGUACUGUUUGUAAUUAACUCGAAAAAGAGUUUCAUUUUAUUCUUGAAUGUACAAUAUAUACUGAACUGAGAUCAAAAUAUAUUCCAUUGUAUUACAGACAACGACCAAACAUGUACAAAUUUAUCGAGCUAAUAGAGCUAAUAACAUCAAAUAAUGAACUAUUAAUAAAAAAAUUAAGCUGUUAUAUUUAUCACUCUUUUAAGGUUCGAACGCAUAAUACAUGUGUCAUCAAUUUGAUUUAUUCUGAAAUGUUUUGUGCGGUAUAUAUCUUGUUGUAACUUUAAUUGCAUUUAUUAUGUACUGCAUAUUAAUUGUUGGGAUAGUACCGCAUAUGUAACGUGUUUUUAUUCACGUGUUUUUUAAUCUGUCUUUGUGUUUUAACGGUCGCCUUUAAUGGACUGUCAAAACUGUAUUUGAAUGUAUUUAAUCAAUUGCCAUUAUUAUCUUUUUAAUGAAGGUUAUAUUAUAGUAUCGUGUCUGUUCCUAGAUGUAUUCUACGACAAUAUGGCUGCAUUUUUAGAACUGUUAUGCACUGAUUUACAACUAUUAUGUCUGUCGGUCGGUCGGUCCGUAUACCAGGUGGUUUCCGGAUGAUAACUCAAUAACGCUUGGGCCUAGGAUCUUGAAACUUCAUAGGUACAUUGAUCAUGACUCGCAGAUGACCCCUAUUGAUUUUCAGGUCACAAGGUCAAGGUCACGGUGACCCGAAAUAGUAACAUGGUUUCCGGAUGAUAACUGAAGAACGCUUAUGCCUAGGAUCAUGAAACUUCAUGGGUAGAUUGAUCAUGACUUGCAGAUGACCCCUAUUGAUUUUGAGGUCACUAGGUCAAAGGUCAAGGUCACGGUGACCCGAAAUAGUAAAAUGAUUUUCGGAUGAUAACUCAAGUACGCUUUUGCCUAGGAUCAUGACACUUCAUAGGUACAUUGAUCGUGACUCGCAGAUGACCCCUAUUGAUUUUUAGGUCACUAGGUCAAAGGUCAAGGUCACGGUGACAAAAAUCGUAUACACACAAUGGCUGCCACUACAACGGACAGCCCAUAUGGGGGGCAUGCAUGUUUUACAAACAGCCCUUGUUUGUAUAUUGCAUUAAAUUGAGUUUAUUAGCCUCAUACACUCUGACGCACUUAGGAUAUAUUUAAUUACAUGUAUACUUUCGAUAAUUAUUUAUGUUCUAGUGUAAUGUAUAAUAACUCAUAAUGUAUAAUAAUUCAUGUAGGCACCGUUGUAACCAAACGAUUUUAUUUCUUUGCAUAACUUUAUUUUGUAUAAUCAUAAACUGUGUAUUGUGGAAACACUGUAUCAUGUAUGCUUGAUUUGUCCACUUGGGCUUUUGGCUUUCUGGAUGGAUUGUUUAAUAAACUAUGUUCUAAAAAAUGCAAA